UUUUUCAUUUCCUUUCGAUCCUCUGAAACGCGUGGUGCUCGCCGUGCGGGUAACCUCUCGUUCUCUGGCUGAAUUUGCUGUCUUUUCCGUGCCUAGGUCAGAGAAGCCCAACUGGGAUUACCACGCAGAGAUACAAGCUUUUAGCCACCGGCUGCAUGAAAAUUUUUCUUUGGAUCUUCUCAAGACUGCAUUUGUUAAUUCUUGUUACAUUGAAAGCGAAGAGGCAAGACGCCGAGACCUCGGGCUAGACAAAGAAACGGUUGCUCUUAAUCUACAAGAUAAUAGUAAACUUGCUGAACAAGGGAUGUCAUUUUCACGUUCCUACCUGACGCAGUGCUUUGAAGGUGCCUACCCAGAUUUACCUGCAAAGGGGAUAGGAGCACUUGUUGAUUUUCUUACCAGUCAGGAACUUGUUUCUUAUGUGGCUCGAAACCUGUCUGUACAGGACCUGACGCUGUGCAGGGAGUUUCCCGUCCCGCCAGAUGUGCUGCAGAGGACGUUCUUUGCUGUAAUAGGAGCCUUGCUCGAUAGCAGCGGGCCUGAGAGAACAAGGAUCUUUGUCAGGGAUUUUUUUAUUCCUGAACUGAUUGGAAAAGACCUGUUUGAGAUCUGGGAAGUUGUAAAUCCUAUGGGCUUAUUAGUGGAAGAACUGACCAAGAGGAAUAUCGCUUCUCCAGAACCAAGAAUUACCAGGCAGCUGGGAGUCAGCACGGUCCUGCCUCUGUACUUUGUUGGGUUGUUCUGUGAUAAGAAGAUUAUCGCUGAAGGUCCUGGCGAAACGCUGCUUGCUGCAGAGGAAGAAGCUGUCCGCGUGGCGCUGCGGAAGCUGUAUGGGUACACAGAGAACAGGAGACCUUGGGAUUACUCAAAACCCAAACAAGGGCUGGCAGCUGAAAAGGCUAUCAGCAGUAACUAGAAGAUAAAAGACGUUUCAGGUUUCUCUUAAGAAUUAAUGGCUUCCAUGCUGAAUAUAGAUGUAUUUAGGAAAGCCAAACUUAGUUUGGUUUUCUGGUCUUCAGUCCUUGAAACUUUCAAAUCAAAUACAAUAUUAAAAUA